AGCGCGCCGGAAGCGGGAGGCGGCCGGUGGCGCCGGGGCGGCGGCCGCGCCUGCGGCGAAACGGCGCGUAACGGGCGCCCUCUGGGGUUGAGGGGCGCGGGGGCGGAGACGGGCUGGGCACCCAGAGGCAGAGGGGUGAUGAGCGGAGUGUCGGGACCAAGGAGGCGACUCUGGGGGGCGGGCUCGGGAUUUGAAAAUUGCCUGCAGUGGGGUUGGCUGAGUUGACGCGAUGGCGCGAGGUUACUCUAUGGCCCUUUAGUCUUUGCACCCACUCCUAGAAAAUUCCCGCGGUCUGCAAUUCCGGGGCAGGAUCGGUAGGAGAUGGCAACGUCCCUUGAUGUGUUGUCAGACAAAAUGCGUUUGGACCUGUAGGUCGUGCAAAUUGCCACUGCGGAGAACGAGAAACACGAGCAUUCAGAGGGCUCUGUAGUAAACCCAGAUAAACUUUGCAUCCUAAUAACAGGACAGGCCAACAGUGGGGAAAUAGAGACGGCCCCCUCGGACUCCUUUCUUCCAAGGCAUGCCGAAGGAAGUAUUAUGGAUUUUGUCUGGGAAGAGGUUUCAGCCACUAAGCCAGUAAGGAAGAUGAGCCUGAUGUGGGCAGAAUUCAAAUAAGCUGAACAGUUCUGUGAAGGACCUGCGAACCCUGAGAUGGUAGGCAAGCUGCAGAGUAAGAUGUGUGGAGGUGUGGAUGCUGCCCCACACCCCACCCGGAGAUCUUGACUGCAUGGAGUGCUUUGGGGGCUGGGUGGCAAGGACCAGGAUGUGGUCCCUGGAGAAGAUUGGCAGUAGCAUUAAUAUCAAACUUAUGCAGUGAGCAAGUUUCUUCUGAGCCUCAGCGUCCAACUGGAAGCAUUUAUAAGUGUCUGUCACCACUAUGAAGGAUCAGGAGCAUGGAUAGAAGAAAACAUUUCCAGUCACGUGACAUCUUGGCCAGCAGGGUUUGUGUAUGAGUGUGGGUAUCAGGGAAAAGGAAGAAUUUAUGCCCAGCCAUUUGCACCCACUGCUGGCACCAAAAGCGAAGAAGGGAUUGAAAGGCUCCAUUGAUGAUGUUCUUGGUGACCUCCUGGAGGAUGACAUGACAAUACCUGAGAGGCCUGUUAAACUAGCUUCACCUGCCAGAGACACCACGGGUGUAUCUCAGGCACUCCCUUCUUCAAAGGCCAGAACAAAGUCCCUCCUGAAUGACAGUAUCUUCAACACCAGGGCAGACUUGGCAGAAGCUGAUGCUGAGGUUUCAGAUAUCUCAGAUGCAGACCCACAGGCUUUGCUCAAAGCUAUGAAGGAUCUGGACAACAUGGAAGCUGACCUCUUAGGUCUGAAGAAGUCUAAUCUGGCCUCUGGCAAAAGAGCUGCAAAGGGCCCUGGGAAAGAAGAGCUGCCUGGUGACCCCAGACCUGCUGGCAAGUUAAUAGCCUCUGAGAAAGGGGACACCAUUCUCACCAAGAAGCCACCUCUCUCUCCCAGCAGCAUUCCUGGGCCUCGUUACGGGAGGUUUUCCUUCGGAGACUCAGAAGACCCGUUGGCAGGACUUCUCUCUGAUGAUGAGGAAGAAAUAGCCCAGAAGCCACCUGUGACAGAGAGUAAGGCAGCUCUUGACAAGAGCCUUGGCACAGUCAGAGAUCAAGGUCCUUCAAUUCCUCUGACUCCUGGGGACACUCCUGUCCGGAAGAAAGAUUUGUUUGAUGAUGGUGAUGACAUCAUGGCCGCUCUGGGGUUCGGAGACAGUCCCAGCACAGACAGGAGGCAGAUGGGAGUCCAGGAAGGGCCCCGCCCUGCGCGUGCAAAGCUGGAUGAGCUGCUGGGUCGAGGUCCUGCCACCAAGCUCCCGGACUGCCCAGGCACAGGGGCAAAUAAGGAGUUCAAACUUGACAAGAAGUACCAGAGGCUGCAGGAUGAAGAUCCCUGGGAUGACGAGGACUUCAUCUUUGGGGCCUAUCAGCCCACUGUGGUCUCCUCUGAGAGACGGCAGUCCCGCCGGCAGUCAGUCAGUAGGUUCUUAGCAGAUGGUGGCCCAGACACCAAGGGAGAAUUGGGCUCCAAACAGAGCCCUCCGGCAAUGUCCAGCCCCGUCCAGCCCAGGAAGGGAGGAGCUGACUGGUUGGGCCUCAAGGAUGAUAACUUGGAGCUGCUUCCUCCCUCCCCCACCAGAGAAACCCAAAGGGGGGCCACGGUGCGCUCCUCACUCACAGCACCCCUUCCUGCAAGCCAGCACUCUGGCCCAGCUACACUGCCCUCCUCAGGGGCAAAGCCAUCAACUGAGGGUGCAGGGUUUCCUGCCAAAGCCAGACAGACUUCCACUCUGGGAGCAUCUGAGGAGAAAGAAGAAGACUGGCUGAGCCAUGCCUUGUCUCGGAAGAGGUUCCAAGGUCUGGCCAGAGAGGAGUAUCCUGAGGCCUCCAAAGACCCAAGCUUGGUGGGGACAGUGGGCCAUGCCCCCUUUGGCAGCCAUCCUGCUGCCAAUGCUCAGGGACUCGCGCAGACAGCUGCUGGAAGAACCUCUGGAACAACAGCUCGAGAAAUGCCACCUGCCAGGCCUGACACCUCAGGCUCCCCCCUCACUUGGAACCAGGCCACCUCAGCCCUCUCUGCAGGUGUCCCAAGGAAAGGAACAGCCCCUGGAGAGCUCUCUAGCGCCGAGCCUGCUGCUGAUGUCCCAAGCUCCCAGGAAUCCACAGGGCUUCCUGCACCUGUCCAGUCCCUGCUCCCAGAAUCCCUGGUGCGGGGUCCGCUGCCAGGCACAGGAUACCAGACGCAGUUCCUGGCCGCACAGAUGCAGCUUCAGAGCAGCACUGCCCAGCUCCAGGCUGAGCUGCUGCAAAGCCAGGGACAGCUGGCUGAGCUGGUGGCCCAGGUGCGGAAGCUGGAGCUGGAGCGGGCCCAGCACAAGCUGCUGCUAGAGAGUUUGCAGCAGAGGCAGCAGGCGGACUUGGAGCUCAUUGAGAGCACACACAGAAGCCGCAUCAAGGUGCUAGAAACAUCUUACCAGCAAAGAGAGGAACGACUCCGGAGAGAGAAUGAGGAGUUAUCCGCUCGAUAUCUGUCACACUGCCAGGAGGCCGAGGAGGCCCGCACCGAGCUCACGGCCCAGCACCAGCGGCGGCUGGCAGCUGCUGAGCAGGAGAAGGACCAGGAGAUGGAGCGGCUGCGGGAGCUGCAGCGGGUGUCCAUCCAGGAGAUGCGCAAGGACCACGAGAAGCAGCUGCAGUGGCUGAAGCGGCUGAAGGACCAAGAGAUCGAUGCGGUCACCAGUGCUACCUCCCACACACGGUCCCUUAAUGGCAUCAUUGAGCAGAUGGAGAAGUUCUCUAACAAUCUGAAUGAGCUGUCCUCUCGUGUGGAGGCCUCACACCUCGCCACCUCCCAGGAGUGGGAGCUGGGGACACGGCACCGAGACGAGCAGCUGCGAGCACUGCAGGAGCAGCUGGGCCGGCAGCAACGGGACAUGGAGGAGGAGCGGAACCAGCUGCAGGAAGUCAUCAGGAAGAUGGAGACGCGGCUGAGCGAGCAGAGCCGGCUGCUGGAGCAGGAACGGUGGCGAGUGAACGCUGAGCAGUCCAAGGUGGAGUCCAUGCAGCACUCUCUUGAGGAGCAAAGGAAGGUCAUGGCCCAGCAGACAGCCAUGGAGAGGGCAGAGCUAGAGCGGGCCAAGAGUGCCCUGCUGGAGGAGCAGAAGUCCAUCAUGCACAAGUGUGGGGAGGAGCGCCGGCGCCUGGCCACCGAGUGGGCCGAGUUCUUCACACAACAGCAGCUAAGUAAGGAGCGGGCUGAGCGCCAGGUGGAGCGGGCACUGCAGGUGGACACCCAACGGGAGAGUACCCUUGUCAGUCUGGCCAAGGAGCAGGCUGAGCUGAAGAUCAAGGCCAACGAGCUCCGGGUCAAGGAAGAGCAGCUGGCGGCUGAGAGGGAAGCCCUGGAGCGGGAGCGGCAGGAGCUGCGGCUGGAGAAGGAAAGGGUCAGUGCCACUGCCCUGCGCAUCCGGCUCCGUUCUGAGGAGGUGGAAAACAUGAGCAAGGUGGCCUCGGAGAAAUAUGAGGAGGGGGAGCGGGCAUUGUGCCAGGCCCGGCAGGUGCAAGCUGAGCAGCAAGCCCGACUGCAGGUGGUGCAGCAGCAGCAGGAACGGCUGCGGCAGCAAGAGCAGAACAUGCACCAGGAGCACCUGAGUCUAGCCCAACAGAGACAGCAGUUAGACCGAAUGCGACAGGACCUGCCCUCCAGCCUCUCAGGACUGCUCCCCAACACCCAGGGCUUGGCAGCUUCCAGUCUGAGUGCCCUCUUGGCUCCUGCUCCCACCCCUCUUCAGUGCAGACAGCCCCUGGCCAGCCUGGCUCCAGGACACUCAAACCUGCAUGCCAAACUGGUACUGCUGAAGCAUGCAGCCGAGCAGGACCGAGACUUCUUGGAGAAUGAGCAGUUCUUCUUGGAGACCCUGAAGAAAGCGUCUUACAAUGUGACAUCCCAUUGAGCCUGAGAGGGGACCUAGCUGCCUUAACAGGGGAGGAAGACUCCAACCCAAAUUCUGUCCUCCCACCCAGCUGGCUGCCAGCUACAUGGAGGUGGUACCUGGGGCAGGCUCUGAAACACCUAAUUAUAGCUCUUCCUGUGGACUGGGUGCAAGUGUGUCCUUUGCAAGUACAACAGCCAUGUCUCUGGGCCCUGCAGGGCUCAGGUUCUCUCAUCAUUGUUGUGGCUGUUUGCCACAACUAUCGGGCUCAGAUCUGAGGGUCUUAGCUCCAACUGGGCUCUGUGGACACCCCCAACCUCACUCCACAAGCAAGAUCUUUUUGCCUGGGUCUCUGAGGCAGGAGGAGCCUUUGCUCCCUGCCAAAGAGGUCCCCUCCCUACUACGCCCUGGGGAAGGGCCUCCUGGCUUGAGAAUGGGAGGAAGUGUGGGGCAGGAAGGACACCCAGCCAGAUGUUCCCCCACAAUCUGAUGUGCUCCUGGACUCAGCCAACUCCUCAUCUCUUCGGGCAUCCAGGAAGCUCCUGCCCUGUUGCUGGAAAGACCAGCUAGACCAACUAGUGUGGACACUGGCCUGCUCUGCCUCCUCUUCCUCAUCUGAUGCCCCACUGACAGGAGGGGAGGGAGCUUUGGAUGGUGGGGGUGUAGGAGGGACAAGAGGUGCUGUUCACCUGCUUGAACCUACAGUCCUGUGGGAAUGAAGAUGACAGAGUGAGAGCUUCUGUCCCCAGAGACAGAGCCCUUCUAGGUUGCUGCCACCCACCAGUACCUCUGCCAUUCGCUACCUGUGCCUGGAGAGUGGUGGGAGGAUUGGGAAUUGUCCCCAGCAGACUCAAGGACACCUAAUAAAAUCACUGUAAAGCAGCUUUUUAUCAGGGAGCAGUUUCUCACCUUCCAUCAGAGGAAACCAUCCAGGUGAACAGGAAGGUGUUAAAUGGGGUCUGAGGUACACAAUUUGUAUAUCUGUUCUUUCAGAGGGAUCUUAUUUUAUCAAAAAUGUACAGCCUUAGUUUGGGACCCACUAAAUUGCCGGAUUUAUUUUUGCUGGGGCCGGAUUUGAACCCACCACCUGCAGUAUAUGGAGCCAGAGCCCUACUCCUUCCACCCAAAUUGCUAGAUUUUUUUAUCAUUUUCUUUUUAGAGAUAAGGGGGUUUUUUGUGUGUGUUUUUUGUUUUUCGUUUUGUUGCCUUCGGUAGAGUGCUGGGCCAUCACCGCUCACAGCAACCUCCAGCUCUUGGGCUUAGACUAUUCUCUUGCCUCAGCCUCCUAAGUAGCUGGGACUACAGGCACCCACCACAAAGCCCGGCCAUUUUUUGUUGCAGUUUGGCCAGGGCCGUGUUUGAACCCGCCACCCUCAGUGUAUGGGGCUGGCGCCCUACUCACUGAGCCACAGGUGCUGCCCCCUUUUAUUUAUUUAUUUAUUUAUUUAUUUUACAUUUUAUAAAUGACUUGGACAUUUU